UCUCCCUCUCCCUCUCGCUCCCUCCCUCAAAGGCUGCUCCACACUGAAAAUAUGCUCAGUGCCGCCGAGUCCAUGAAUGAAAAAGCCGCGGGUAUCUUCUAGGCGAGCAAAAUGCAGCCCUACGCGCAACUCAGCCUCCUCUUUCUCCUGUCCCAGAAAGACGGAUGCUUGCUGUGAUCGCAGCGCUAUCAGAAUGGACAGAAGAUAUUUGUUUUGUCUCGCAGCCCAUUUACAAUGGUUGUGUCAGGCCCCAAAGCCAUAAAACCUGGCCAUCCUUGACAGUAGCCCAGCCUAGGAACAUUUGUGCAGUGAAGUCCAAAGGAUGGAUGGGUUCUUUCCAACUCCCACGGUGCUGCUUCUUGUGUUCACGGAAGAUUUAGAAUGCAUCCCUGGAUUCCAACAAAAGGUUUUUCAUAUUGAACACCCAUCUGCAUUCACAGCGGACCAGCCCAUUCUGAAUCUGGUAUUUGAUGAUUGUCGAGGAAAUCACAAAUUGAACUUUGAAGUUUCAAAUCCAGACUUCAAGGUGGAACCCAACGGGGCUUUAGUUGCACUGAGGAACUUAUCAGAAGCUGGCAAAGCCUUUUCCAUCCAUGCUCGUUCAGCCCAGGUGGAAGACACAGCAGAGGUAUUGAUCGCUGGUGGAAAAGAGAAACGCAGCUCUUUAAAGGAAAUCUUUAAGACAGAAGGUAGCCUCGGCAUUCUGAGGCAAAGGAGGUCUAUUGUAGUCAGUCCAAUCUUAAUUCCAGAAAAUCAGAGGCCGCCGUUUCCAAGGCAUGUGGGCAGGGUUAUAGACAAUGAGAGACCAGAGGGCUCAAAAUUCCGAAUUUCUGGGAAAGGGGUAGAACAGGAGCCAAAGGGAGCUUUCCGAAUUAUCGAGAGCACCGGAGAAGUCCUUGUGACGCGGGCCCUUGACAGAGAGGCAAUUGCCACAUACCAGCUACAAGUGGAGAUCACCGAUGUCAGUGGCAAAAGCAUAGAAGGCCCAGUUCCCCUAGACAUCAUCAUCAUUGACCAGAACGACAACAGACCCAUUUUCCGAGAAGGACCGUACAUUGGGCAUGUUAUGGAAGGAUCUCCUACAGGAAGUACCGUGAUGCGCAUGGCGGCAUUUGAUGCUGAUGAUCCAUCUACAGAUAAUGCCCUAUUGAGGUAUAAUAUCCUUAAGCAGACUCCAGACAAGCCGUCACCAAACAUGUUCUAUAUUGACCCAGAGAAAGGAGAUAUUGUCACUGUGGUGUCGCCUGCCAUGUUGGACCGUGAAACAAUGGAGAGUCCAAAGUAUGAGCUAAUCAUAGAAGCCAAGGACAUGGGUGGCUUGGACGUUGGCUUGACAGGCACUGCCACAGCCACCAUCGUUGUCGACGACAAAAAUGACCAUGCGCCGGAAUUCACCAAGAAAGAGUUCCAAGCCACGGUGAAGGAAGGCAGGACGGGCGUGAUCGUGAAUUUAACUGUUGAAGAUCGGGACGACCCGGCGACUGGCGCAUGGAGAGCCAUUUACACCAUCAUCAAUGGGAACCCCGGGCAGAGCUUUGAGAUUCACACCAAUCCCAAGAAUAAUGAAGGGAUGCUCUCUGUUGUCAAGCCUUUGGACUAUGAGAUCUCAGCUUUUCACACACUCCUGAUCAAAGUAGAAAACGAAGAUCUGUUGGUUCCCGAUAUCGCAUAUGGCACAAGCUCCACAGCCACUGUUCAGAUCACUGUUUUGGACGUCAAUGAAGGCCCCAUUUUUCACCCAGACCCAAUGACGGUUACUAAGCAAGAGAACAUCCCGAUUGGCAGCGUUGUGCUUACAGUCAAUGCCACAGAUCCAGAUACCUUACAGCAUCAGACUAUACGGUACUCUGUUGACAAAGAUCCAGCAGAUUGGUUGGAAAUUAACCCUACGAAUGGUACCAUCCGCACAACAGGAAUCCUUGAUCGGGAGUCGCCGUUUGUCUUCAACAACGUGUACACUGCCUUGAUUCUGGCAAUAGAUAGUGGUAGCCCUCCUGCCACAGGUACAGGAACGUUGCAGAUUACAUUGGAGGACGUCAACGACAAUGCUCCCUCUCUUUAUCAAAUGAAUACAACUGUCUGUGAAGAUACUAAAGAUCUGAAGGUCAUCUUUGCAGCCAUAGAUAAGGAUCUUCACCCUAAUACAGAGCCUUUCAGAUUUGAAUUGAACAAGCAGUCUGGUCAGGAUAAAGUAUGGAAAAUUACCAGAAUCAACAACACGCAUGCCCAAGUCACUCUGCCUCAAAACUUGAAGAAGGCCAACUACAUCAUCCCCAUCUUGGUGACAGAUUCUGGGAAACCUCCUCUCACUAACUAUACAGAACUGCAAAUAAAAGUGUGCUCCUGUUCAAAAUACAACAGCAAAAUGGACUGCAGUGCAUCUUCCUCCCUUCACAUCAGCAUGGUCUUAAUCUUCGUCGCGCUCUUCAGUUUAUACGGUCUGUAAGAACUCCUGACUUUUGAAGCUAGUUACUAAGUUGCCGUGGCAACAAGCAAAGGAAACACACCCCACUCGGAAGACCAUCUUUGACUUUUCACUCCUCAACCUCGGUUGCUCCAGAUUUCGGCAGACUGCAACCUCACGUCAUCUACCCUUGCUGCACGAUUGCAUUUGACGAAAACUCUCUGGCCUCACUCUGGUUUACCAAUGGACUCCUCUUCCAAGACUGAAGGCUGGCGCACGAUUGCUUGCCAAACGUUUUAAAAGACCACCACAUCUACACCUGAUCUCGCGGGAGCAGAACUACAGAAUGACUCCAUUUCUCCCCCCGUUCUCUGUUGACUUGUUGCUAUUCAAACUGUUUUAAAAGAAAAAUUGUCUGUGGGUUAGUAUUUGUAUAUGUAUGAGUGUAUGCAUAUGUAUAUAUAUUUAUAUAGAGAGGAGAGAUAUACAAUAGGGUUAGCUUUUGUAUGGCAUUCACCUUAGGCUUGUGGUCAAUGGGGCAGCACAGAGACAUGGUUAGAUGCCCGAGAAUCGCUGAACCCUCUGGAUGUACAUGCAAGGGUUUUACCAAAAGGAGAAUAGAUGAUGGUGAUGGUGAUGGGCCUGUGUGAGCUAGCCACUACAGAGGCAUCGACUUUUUAAGAUGUCUCCUGUCAUCCACUACAAGGUAUGUGUAAUUCGUUCACACACCCCGUCCAUGUAGAAGACUUAUUGUCUUGUUUUCAAGGGCCUCUAGAAGAAAAGGCAACACUUCACAAUGCCUGAAAGCACUGACUCCUGCUUGACGGCUCAUGUAUAUUUAGAUCGUUCUGACUUGUUUUCGAUGCACCCUGGACAUAAUAAAGGACUGGCCUUUAGUGUGAAGCAACACAACACAGUUACUUUGGAUGGGGAAAACCCCAGCGGAGUGGUUCUUCACGGCCUCUAUGAGAACACAGGAAGCUGCCUUACACAGAGUCAGACCACUGAUCCAUUUUAGCUCAGCAAUAUCUACACUGGCUGGCAGAGGCUCUCAAAAGUUUUAGGCAGGAGUCUUUCCCAACCCAACCUGGAGAUGCUGCCAGGGAAUGAAGCUGGGGCCUUCUGCAUGCAAAGCAGAUGCUCUAGCACUGAGCUAUGGCACCCUCCAACUCCCUUCUCUGCUCUAGUGCAUAGUACAGUGAGUGGCCUAUGUCUGCUGGGGCUGCAAGAGUACACACAAGGGAAGGGGUGUUGACCUCUUUCUCCCACUUGUGAGCUUCCCAGAUGUACCUGGCUGGCUGCUGCUUGAAGCAGGAUGCAGGACCCAAUGGGCCUUUGGCCUGAUCCAGCUGGGCUUCUCUUAUAUUCUUAUCUAGCUGGCCACUCUGGCAAACAAAAUGGUCGACCUUUGGUCUCAUCUAGCAGGGUUCUUUGUAUGCUCGCUCUUCAGAUGAUUGGUAGGAGCUCAUGUGAUUGAAUGUUCCUCACUCCUAAAAGGAAUCCUCCAAAAAGGAAAGUUACUUCUCAGGGAGAAGAGUUUUGACCUAUCCUUUCCCCCAACAUGUUAAUUUUCUAUGUGAGGGAAUGGGUGGAUGUUGAAUUGAGAAGUAGCCAAUCACACAAAUCCCUACCACUGGAAGUGGCACAGUCCCAAAACCAUCUCACUGAAAAUUAGGCCUCUGGGACUCAGUUUAGAAAAACCUAGGGGAAAAAAUAGUAGUCAUAAUCCACCCCUUUUCACCUUCAGAUUAUAAACCUUUCUUCAUUCUGGCACCUGGUUCCCAUUAUCCAUUUUUGGAUAGAUAAACAUCAUCCAGAUAUACAAGUUGGCCAACCAAAAUUGACAGUCUUACCUUUUUAUGUUCUUCAACCAUGAGUUUCUUGCUCAACGCCUGUGAAGCUAGCUCUUCUUAAAGUGACACUUGAGCACACCUAGGAAAAAAGUUAUUAUAUAAAUAUAUACAUAUAUAUAUAUAUAAUUUGUUUUGAAUAUAGUAUAUAUACAUACAUACACACACAGGUACACACACACAGUUUUAAACGAAAACUAACAGAAAAAUAAUCACACUUGUUUGCAAACUAUAGGGAUAAAGAGUGUUCAUUAUUUACGAAUAUGAAUCCUUUUUAAAAACAGACACACAAUUGCUAUUUUGUGAGCAUGUAAGGUAACAGAAAACGUCUAACUUUAUCAUCAAGAUUAUCAUCUUGUUAAUAAAUUGUAAAUGAACCACUAAAGCUCACACCAAAUCAGCAAAAAAACCCAGUAUAUUAAGUGACAGAUUUAAGUGGCUUUUAAUAGAAUUUGGCAGUAACUAGGGGUAAGGUAAGUGUCUUAGAUUCUUUUAAUAAAGUUGCUUAUUUAAAAUUUGAAUUGCAGCACUUUCUUAUGCAAUAGAAUGUCGCAGCUGUAUAUUUUGGGUUGGAUUUUUUUAACAGGACCUACACAUCAGGCUGUAUGUUAAAGCAUUUCCUUCAGUGUCAAACUUUUGUUCCAAUGAUAGCUUUUUCAAAUCAUUAAAGAAAUCCAACCAUA